AUGUCCGGAAUCGUUCGUGUAUCUACGCGGCGGUUUGGACACGUCUUACACGUGCGGCGUGUGAGUCUACAGAGACGGCUGCCGAACGGCGGUAAAGCCUCACUGGUGGGGAGGAGGUUGGUGACGAUUGACGCGCGCUCUGCGGAAGGACGCGCCAGGCCUAUUGUACAGAUGCAGGCCGCAGAUGGAACCUGGAGGGAUAUGGGAGAUCCUCCAAGCUCUAAAUCGUCUUCACCGUCCAGCUCUUCCGAGAAUCCAAAUAGUAGUUUGGGACAACAGCCCGCAGACUCCUCUGGAAAUGUCAGUAAUGCGGGUAAUGAUCCACCAGCAAAGGACGGGGAGCAGCCGACUCCAGAAGCUGACGACGAACCUGGCCUUACGGUCACCUAUGCACCUCCCAGUAUUCGAUAUGUGCAUCACUUUGAUACAUACAAGACGUUCAAAGUGCUUGAGGCAGCUGGGUUUACCAAAGAGCAGGCUAUUCUGAUAAUGAAGUCCAUGCGAGGACUGCUUCUCGAGCAUUUGACGCGGGCAAAAGACACAUAUCUCUCGCAAGCCGACCUGGAAAACGAAGCAUAUUUGUUUGACGCAGCCUGCUCUGAGCUGAAGACAGAGAUUCAGAACAACCGCAAGACACAAGCUCAGCUCGAGAAAACAGAGAUCGCGGCUUUGCAGACCGAGUUCAUGGCGCUGAAGCGGCAAUACGAAGAGGAGAUCCAGAAUAUGAAGACUGAGAUUAGCGUGGAGGUGAACGACAGACAGAAUAUCAUGAAGGUCGAAAAUAGAGCGAAGGAGCUUCAAAUACAGGAACUAAACAACCGGAUCAUGAUCGUGAUCACGUCAGAUCUACGAUCCGAGGUUGAGGCUCUCCGAUGGCAGACCACCCGAAGAGGAUUAUUUGCCAUUGGUGUAAUUGCAACAUUAAUCGUUACUGCAUUAUCCUAUCGCAAUCGGUUUGAGCAGAAUAAAGCCGCGGAGCAAAGAAACGAUGCAGCGGCUGCGGCUGCCGCUAUAGCUGCAAAGGCGGAUGCGGAGAAGGCGAACGAUGAUAUGCAGGAGGAUUUCAUUCUGCGGUGA